AUGGAGUUUACCAGAAUGGAAGAUACACAGAACUCUGCUCCUGGCAGCCUGCAAGCCGCUAAGCUCGGUGCAGCAAGAAAGGGCCCAGACUCACAGAGCGUCACCAAGAGACUACAAACAGAGCUGAUGCAGCUAAUGACCUCGCCCGCUCCCGGCAUCUCCGCCUUCCCUUCUGCUGACGGCAACCUGCUCUCGUGGCGAGCCACCAUCGAGGGACCGGACGAUACGCCUUAUGCUGGUCUUACCUUCAAGCUCACCUUUGCAUUCCCGGCCAACUACCCGUAUGCGCCGCCGACGGUCCUCUUUAAGACUCCUAUCUAUCACCCCAACGUCGACUUUUCAGGGCGCAUUUGCUUGGACAUUCUUAAGGACAAGUGGACGGCUGCAUACAACACGCAGACUGUCCUGCUUAGCCUCCAGAGCUUGCUGGGCGAGCCGAACAAUGCUUCACCCUUGAAUGGAGAGGCUGCCGAGCUCUGGGACAAGGAUCCUGCCGAGUUCAAGCGCAAGGUCCUGGGCCGCCACCAGGACAUUGAUGACGAGUAG